CCGCUUCACGUCACCAACGAAUUGUAUCACACAGCCUUCGCCCCUUCUACCCUACAAAAUGUCUUCCUUGCUUCUCACCUCCGCUCAACGAAAUGUUAGCAACCGUGCUGUCGGACAUCACAGCAGAAUUGGUCCCAGUUCCAAACGCGCCACCGACAAAUCGCCACGGGUAUUCAUCGAAAACAAAGGAUUGCGUUCAGCAGGCGCAGAAAUCGGCGGCAGCAACACUUUAGCAUUUGCUGUGGCGAAGAAGAGGAAAGUAGACUUGCUGGAUGAUGGCUCAGAGUCUUCGGCGUCAGGUGGAUUAAAGGCUUGCCGUUCGUGCGGAAAGGCACGGAGACAUAAGGUCCCUAAAUUUACGCGCCCCGCUUCCCCUGGCAAGACCAAGGUAAGAAGCCAAAGGUUGACAGAUUCAGCGCGUGAAAACAUAUCCGUUUGUUCGGUACAUGAGCAUCCAUCUGGACCGGACGUCUCUAAGACAGCUGGCGAGAAAAGGCUGCGGCUAAGUCGAAACACAGACUCAGCUCAGAGACCGAAGCCUGAAGGUUCUCAGCGAGAAGAGGACAGCGGAGGACAAAUGAAAGAAGAGCUCUCUGCGCUUCGGACUGAAGUCGAUCGAGCACGAAGGGUGAUCCAAGCACAACAGAAGUCAAUGAAAGAUCUGGAGAAAGAAGUUGGGGCGUUGAAGAGGAUGAAUCGUAAACAGGGGAGUCAAAUCGACAAUCUAAAGUCGACACGCAAGAAAUCCGAGGACCAAUUGAAUUUAGUUCAGGAAAAUCUCCAAUGUCAAAUUUGUUUGGAAGUGCUGAGCAAGCCUCACACUCUCGUCCCUUGUGGGCAUGUCUUUUGCCAAGGGUGCUUACAAAGCUGGUUUCGGACUGGUCGACAACCCGGAGAAGACGACGAUGACAGAGAGAGGGUUCCGACCAUCUUCAGGAUAAAAACCUGCCCGUGCUGCCGCUCUCUUAUCCAGAUUAGGCCAGUUCCCUUGUUCAUUCUCAAGAACGUCCUUUCCGCAUUUGCUACGGAGAACCAGACAGAGAACAUUACUCCUGAUGAAGAACCCUGGAAGGACAUAUUUCCUUCAGAAGCUGACCUAUUGGAUGAUGUUUCCGACUCUGACGACUUCGACAGCGAGGAUGCUUCUACGUCAUCCAGUGGUGACGACGAGUAUAUCAGACAACGUAUACUCGUAGUUAGCGAAAGCGAGGACAGCGAGGACGAGGACGAAAAUGAAGACGGAAAUGACGUCGGGGAUGACGAGGAUGAGGGUGACGAGACUUCCAGUUCUGACGACGAUGUCCCUACAAUGCAUCGACCGGCUAGGGCACUAGCACAUUAUCGCAAUGAGAUCACGCAACGAAUGCACCCGCAAGCCUCUGCAGAGCAUCUACAACUUCUGCAGCGUGGUGUAAAGCCACAAAUGAUUGGUCGCUUCCGUGUCCGGUUCGAUGCUCAAGAAGGAAUCGUAGCGAGGAUGCGCUCGGGAACGGAUGUAUACCUGGGCUGGAACAUAAUGCUGCCCAUGGAAGACUUUCCCGAUGGCCGGAUUUUCAUGCGAUGGGUUGCAAUAAACGUAACCGAGAAUCCAGGAAGCUGGAUUCGCACGCAUACUGGACGUCGUAUCGCUUUUAAACGCCUAAUACCCAGAUACCAGACUACUGAAAUACUUGGUUUUGGAGCCUAGAAUCGUGGUUCAGACGAUGCCCAAAGGUCGUUAUAGAUUAAACAAUGUUGAAGUAUAGCGUAGAGCCUGCUGCAUGUAAGAGCAUCGCAAGUAGAUAUUUUUCCACCCUGUUUAUAAUCGCUCAUCACAAUAACUGACUUCGUUCAAC